UAGAGCGUUUGGGGCUCUCUCCUGGCGUGGACACUCUUGGUUGCAUUCCAGCCUUCAACGUGCGUGCGGUUUCUUUUUAGGAGCCUGUCUUUUGUUGGGAUUGGGAAACGGGAAAGAGGAGGAGGGGGGGUCCUCUCUCAAAGAUUUUAUUAGUGAAGGGAGCAGAGGAUUGUUCCCCAUCAUCAAGUGUGACUGCAUCUCGGUGGAAGAGCGGGGAGGGAGAAAAUGUAAGCAGCGGCAGUGCGCGUCUUGCCGGGGCUGCAACAUGCAGAAGGGCAUGCGGCUCAAUGAUGGCCAUGUCACCUAUCUGGCACUGCUGGCCAAGAAGGACGGAACCAGGCGGGGAUGCCUGAGCAAGAAGAGCUCAGACAACACCAAAUGGCACUCCAAGUGGUUCUGCUUGCUGCAGAACAUGCUCUUCUAUUUUGAAAACGACUCCAGCUCGCGCCCCUCUGGACUCUACUUGCUGGAGGGCUGCGUUUGCGACAGAGCACCUUCGCCUAAACCCCCUGUCUCUGCCAAGGAAUGCCUGGAGAAGCAGUAUUACUUCACUGUCACGUUCAAUCACGACAACCAGAAAGCUUUAGAGCUGCGCACAGAAGAUGUCAAGGACUGUGACGAGUGGGUCGCCGCCAUCACACAAGCCAGUUACAGGAACUUGGCUACAGAGCACGAGACCCUCAUGCAGAAGUAUCUGCAUCUACUACAAAUAGUGGAGACGGAGAAAACGGUUGCCAAGCAACUUCGACAACAGAUCGAGGAUGGGGAAAUUGAGAUAGAGCGGCUAAAAUCAGAGAUCGCAGGGCUGCUGAAGGACAAUGAGAAGAUCCAGUCCAAUCCAGAAGUACCGCCCAGUGAUGAUGACACAGAAAUCAAGAAAAUAAAAAAGGUCCAAAGUUUCCUACGAGGCUGGAUUUGCCGCAGGAAGUGGAAAACUAUCAUCCAAGAUUACAUCCGUUCACCCCAUGCAGAAAGCAUGAGGAAAAGGAACCAGGUGGUGUUUAGCAUGCUGGAGGCCGAAGCGGAAUACGUCCAGCAACUGCACAUCCUGGUCAACAACUUUCUGCGGCCUCUACGCAUGGCCGCCAGCUCCAAGAAGCCACCCAUCACCCACGAUGAUGUCAGCAGCAUCUUCCUCAACAGCGAGACUAUCAUGUUCCUCCACCAAAUCUUCUACCAGGGCCUGAAGGCCAGGAUAGCCAGCUGGCCAACCCUGGUGCUGGCUGACCUCUUUGACAUUUUGCUGCCCAUGUUAAACAUCUACCAAGAAUUUGUGCGGAACCACCAGUACAGCCUGCAAAUCUUGGCCCACUGCAAACAGAACCGAGACUUUGACAAGCUGCUGAAGCAGUACGAGGCCAAGCCUGAUUGCGAAGAAAGGACGUUGGAGACAUUCCUCACUUACCCCAUGUUUCAGAUCCCUCGUUAUAUCCUGACCCUUCACGAAUUACUGGCUCACACUCCUCAUGAGCAUGUGGAGAGAAAUAGCUUGGAUUACGCCAAAUCGAAACUAGAGGAACUUUCGAGAAUAAUGCACGAUGAGGUGAGUGAGACAGAGAACAUCAGAAAAAAUCUGGCUAUUGAGCGAAUGAUUGUCGAGGGCUGUGAAGUGCUGCUGGAUACCAGCCAGACAUUUGUAAGACAAGGUUCUCUGAUACAGGUGCCAAUGAGCGAGAAGGGCAAGAUCACCAGAGGCCGUCUGGGUUCUUUGUCUCUGAAGAAGGAAGGCGAGCGCCAGUGCUUCCUCUUUUCCAAACAUCUCAUCAUCUGCACUCGAGGCUCGGGGGGGAAACUGCACAUCACAAAGAAUGGUGUAGUGUCUCUCAUUGACUGCACACUGAUGGAAGAGACUGAGGGUGCCGAUGAUGAGCCCAAAGUGGAGCGUAGUGGCCAGGACACCGAGCACCUGGACUUUAAAGUGAUCGUGGAGCCAAAAGAUGGGCAGCCUUACACGGUCAUCCUGGUGGCUUCAUCCCGACAAGAGAAGUCUGCGUGGACAAGCGAUAUCAGCCAGUGCAUUGACAACAUCCGCUGCAAUGGUCUGAUGAUGAAUGCAUUCGAGGAAAACAGUAAAGUCACUGUGCCGCAGAUGAUUAAAUCCGACACCAGCUUAUACUGCGACGAUGUCGACAUCCGCUUCAGCAAGAUGAUGAACUCCUGCAAGGUGCUCCAGAUCCGCUACGCUAGCGUGGAGCGCCUGCUUGAACGGCUGACCGACUUGCGCUUCCUCUCCAUUGACUUCCUGAACACCUUCCUCCACUCUUACCGGGUUUUCACGAGUGCGACGGUCGUGCUGGACAAACUAAUCACCAUCUACAAGAAGCCAAUCAGCGCCAUCCCUGCACGUGCUUUAGAGCUGUUCUUCGCCAGCAGCCAGAACAACAAACUCCUCUACGGCGAGCCGCCCACAUCGCCACGUGCCAGUCGCAAGUUCUCCUCCCCUCCUCCGCUCUCCAUCACCAAGACGUCGUCGCCCAAUCGCCGCCGCAAGCUCUCACUCAACAUUCCGAUCAUUACGGGGGGCAAAGCUCUGGACCUGGCUGCACUCAGUUGUUCCCCAAAUGGCUAUGCAAGCAUGCACACCGCCAUGUCCCCCUUCAGUAAGACCACCCUGGACAUCAACAAGCUGUAUGUGUCCAGCACCAUGGCCAGCAAGAUCCCAGAUGACGGGGAAACCAAAGCAGAGACUAAGGCUGAUGAAACUGUCGCCAACAAGCAAGAUCUGUCAGUGAGAGAAGAAUGUGACGAAGAGCCAAGUCAGAGUGAUGAGGCUGAAGUAGAGAUGUCUCCUCCCAAGUCGCCAUCGACACCCAAGAACGUCAAGUCGAAAAACAGUGAGUUCUCGCUGUUCUCCUUCAACAAUAGCAUGGUGGUGUCAUCUUGCCGAGAGAUGGACAAUAGCCGCAGUGCCCUUUCGGCGGCCUCGGCCUUCGCCAUUGCCACAGCCGGCGCCAACGAGGGCACCCCAACCAAGGAGAAAUACCGCCGCAUGUCCCUCGCUAGCACAGGCUUUCCUACUGAUCAGAGGAACGGCGACAAAGAGUUUGUCAUCAGAAGAGCCGCCACAAACCGAGUGCUGAAUGUUCUGCGCCACUGGGUUUCCAAACACUCCCAGGACUUUGAGCUGAACUCAGAACUGAAGCUGAGGGUGAUUGGCUUUCUUGAAGAGGUGAUGCAUGACCCAGAGCUCCUGACACAGGAGAGAAAGGCUGCUGCUAACAUUAUCAGGACUCUCACACAGGAGGACCCUGGAGACAACCAGCUCACCUUGGAGGAAAUCGCUCACAUGGUGAGAGGAAACUGCCGUUAUUGCAUGGUUUGGGCUUGCCUUUGUAUUAUUAAAUGUUUGUUUGAGGCGAUGGAGGAAUGCAGGAAUGAGCCGUUUGAGAACCACUCUGCCUUGGAGAUAGCUGAGCAGCUCACUCUGCUAGAUCACCUGGUCUUCAAGGUGAUACCGUAUGAGGAGUUCUUUGGUCAAGGCUGGAUGAAAAAUGACAAGAACGACAGAACUCCAUACAUCAUGAAGACGACCAAGCAUUUCAACGACAUCAGCAACAGGAUCGCCACAGAGAUCUUGCAAUGGGAUGACGUCAACAUGCGUGUGGCGGUCAUCGAGAAGUGGGUGGCGGCGGCCGACAUCUGCCGCUGCCUCCACAACUACAACGCCGUGCUGGAGAUAACAUCUUCGCUCAACCGCAGUUCCAUCUUCCGCCUCAAGAGGACCUGGCUUAAAGUCUCCAAGCAGACUAAGACUGUGGUUGACAAGUUACAGAAGUUAGUGUCGUCCGAGGGUCGCUUCAAGAACCUGAGAGAAGCUCUGAAGAAUUGUGACCCCCCCUGUGUUCCCUACCUGGGCAUGUACCUCACUGACCUGGCCUUCAUUGAGGAGGGAACGCCCAACUACACCGAGGACAACCUGGUUAACUUUUCCAAAAUGAGAAUGAUAUCUCACAUAAUCCGGGAGAUUCGUCAGUUCCAGCAAACGGCUUACAAGAUCGACUCUCAACCAAAGGUGGCAAGGUACUUGUUGGACAACAGCUCUGUACUGGACGAGGAGAGUCUGUACGAAGCAUCGCUCAGAAUCGAACCCAAAACAUCAUCAUGAAGCGGCUGGCUUAAUUUCUCGUAUGAUGUGAACAGCAUCAUUAAGUUCCGUUUGAAUGUGCAUACACUAUUAUUUGUAUUAGACUACAUAGGCUGUGCCCUUCUUGUACAUUGUCCUCUAAGACUUGAGUCAAUUGGAGACUGAAUCCCACCAAGGUUUUAUUUGUAUAGUUUACAGGGUAUAUGCUAUUUAUGGUGUUAAAACACACUUGUAUGAUUAUUUUCAAGCUGAGAUGAGAGAGGAUCACAUAUUUUAAAGGGAAUGUGCAUUAUAUAAAAAGCCUCUCAAUGAAGAGAGCGCAUUUCAACACUAACUUCCACAAAUAUUUAGACUGUGUAAGCAUGCAGUCGGUCGCCUUUAAAGUCCCCGCGUGAAUGUUUUGCCUUAAAAGUACAGCGGCCUUUAGUGUCCUGAAGUGUUCAUUAAACGCUCACUACUAUACUGUACUAUAUACUAAUUUGAUAAUUGCAUGAUCCUUUAUUUAGAGUUCAUUUCAAUUUAACACAGACAUGUCAGACACAGUACCUCAAACACUGACCUCCACUCUAAAAGACACAGUUGCCCAAUUAAUUACCAGCUAUAGUCUACUUGAAUAUUGUAUUUUCUCGGAUAGUGCCUACUUUACUCCCCUACUUACAACAAAUUAAUUAAUCUCCCUAAAUAAUUUCCCAUUAAGGACAAAAGUUAUUACAUCUGUUAUUACUUCAGUUCUUUUUCACACCAUUUAAACACUUUUGCUAACCAAAACAGCAGCACCUAUGGAGCCACAUAAACAAUAUCUGUGUGGAGUCAUUACACAUGUUGUGAAGGAGUUACUUUGGCAGUAUUAAAUACCGGUAUUAAUGCUCCGGUGCACUUGACAAUGUGGUCGCCCCAUAAUGUUGUGUGUGUGUGGCCACAAACCAUGGUGGUUAUGUCCCAGGGAGAAUUGGGCCUUAAUAGUUCUGCCUAGUCUACUUCUGUUGUGACCAUUUUUUCUGCAUUUACAAUUAAUAGUUAGUUUUCUUAAAUCGAUUAUGGCUCUCAAUUGUUUUCGGACGUAGCUGCGUUAAAUAAAUACCCGCAAUGUAGGAAUUAUUAAUUAUAAAUCAAAUAUUUUCAUAAAUACAGCAUAAAAACCUGUUUAUGACCUUCUAAAUGUGUUUUACCAUUAAAAGAGCCCUCUGGACACAGAAUCAUACCAUUUAGUAAGGGUGUCAAGAAAAUGUAUUUUCAAAUUAAUCGCAAUUCUCAUUUGGAACGAUUCUUAAUUGAUUAAAAAAAAAUUAUUUACCAUAUUUUUCGGAUUAUAAGUCGCUCCGGAGUAUAAGUCGCACCGGCCGAAAAUGCAUAAUAAAGAAAGAAAAAACAUAUAUAAGUCGCACUAGAGUAUAAGUCGCAUUUUUUGAGGAAAUGUAUUUGAUAAAAUCCAACACCAAGAAUAGAUAUUUGAAAGGAAAGAAUAGUGAACAACAGGCUGAAUAAGUGUACGUUAUAUGAGGCAUAAAUAACCAACUGAGAACGUGCCUGGUAUGUUAACGUAUCAUAUUAUGGUAAGCGUCAUUCAAAUAACUAUAACAUAUAGAACAUGCUAUACGUUUACCAAACAAUCUGUCACUCCUAAUCGCUAAAUCCGUUGACGUGUGUGUGUGUGACGAUAGCUGAUAUACGCCUAGUCUCUUACGUGAAUGAGAUAAAUAAUAUUAUUUGAUAUUUUACGGUAAUGUGUUAAUAAUUUCAAACAUAAAUCGCUCCAGAGUAUAAAUCGCAAUAUGCAAAAAACUGCGAUUUAUAAUCCAAAAAAUACAGUAUUUUAUUUUAUUUAUUUAUUUAUUUAUUUUUCAAUCUGUCCUGUCCAGCCACUCAGGAAAAUCAUAUUGUUGAUGUAGAUGCCCAUAUCUGCUGUCCAGAUUUACUUUAGGAGAGGAAGUGUGGGAUACUUCUCUUGUUGCCUUAUUUGUAUUUGACUUUAUUAAACGUUUGGGUAGCAUUUUGUUAAACAAAACCAAUUUUCUUUUAAGUAAUAUAUAAAUGUAUCAUAGCUGUGUAUCUAUUUUAUGAAGGAGUGUAGUUAAUCCUAGAACUGGCACCCAAUGUAAACAAAAAGUAUUGAUUUUGAAUCGAGAAUAGUUUUCAAUCGAGAAUCGAUUCUGAAUGAAAUCGUUACACCCAAGAAUCAAAUUGAAUCGUGUGGCGCCCAAAGACGCACAACCCUACCAUUUAGUCACCUUUACACUCUUUUAAUCCAAUAUAAUAAUGCUGCCUGAGGCUGAGCCAAUCAGUAGCCACAAUACUCAACAGCAUGCUCGGAUAGGUUUGGUCUCCUCUCUCUAGUGGCCAAUACUACUGUAGUAUUGAUAUUUUUAUUUAGCCAUUGUUAUGCUUGAAAAUACCUAAUUUAGGACAUCUUAA